UUUAUGUCGCUUAUCUGUUUUUUACGUUGUAUUACUUCGACAACUAACAGUACUUCAAUUUGAAAAUGCUAUUUGUUUGUCUCAAGGUUAGGUAAACUCAAGGAUGUAUUAAUUAGGUGUUUAGUAGAGGUGGCACACAACAUGUACAAAAUCCAGCGCUCAUUUAAACACAUAAGAGGUGUAGGCAUAGGUGUGCAUUAUUGACAAUAAUUAUUAUGGUAUGCGCAUACAUGUGUUACACACCUACUUUGGAUACCGUAAUCACGGAACCAAAAAUGUAUAACGAUCGAGUCAAAUUGUAGGGUUUUGUUUAAAAGUGUCUUCUGACUAAAUUAUUUGUUAUUGUUUCAAAUGUAUAGUUGGGAACUAAUAGUUUUGAUAUUAUAAAAUGUCAUUGAGGAAACAUUCGUCAACAAUCAGGACGAUGGAAAACAACGAAAGUGGAAAGUCGCAAAGGACGUAUUUACAACACUUGAACAACGUGAUUAAGCGUGUGACUUUUGGUGUACUCAUGAUUUCGGGAUUUCUUAUAAUAAUUCUCAUAGGCCCGAUUAUGUUAAUGUUUUUGGCGUUUAUUAUUCAAGUUUUGUGUUUCAGAGAGAUCCUUAAAAUCGGUUACGACAGUAACAAACUUCCUCACAAUUUACCAUAUUUUAGGUUUCUGUGUUGGUAUUUUUUAAUGGUGGCGAAUUAUUUCUUUUCUGUUGAAACGAUAGCACCACACUUUCAGGAUUAUUAUACGAAAUUUUAUAAUUUAAAAAUUCUGAUAAGUUAUCACAGAUUUAUUUCAUUUUGUGCUUAUUUCGGAGGAAUAGUCCUUUUUGUCUUAAGUUUAGUUAGGAAAUAUGAUUUGAAACAGUUUAAGAUUUUUGCGUGGACUCACACUCUGUUGAUACUCAUUGUUCUUCAGUCGUACUUGGUAAUUGAUAACAUGUUUAAUGGUUUAAUUUGGUUGAUUCUCCCAGUUUCUCUAGUGAUUUUAAACGAUAUUUUUGCGUACUUGUUUGGGCGAUUGUAUGGCAAAACGCCGUUAAUAAAAUUAUCACCGAAAAAAACAUGGGAGGGUUUUAUUGGGGGUGUUGUAGGGACUUUUAUUAGCGGUUUUAUUUUAUCAAAUAUUAUGUGUCAGUUUAAAUAUUUUGUUUGUCCGAUUGAAUAUUACGAAACCGAGAGUGGUGUAGCAUUUGAUUGUACUCCUAGUUAUUUAUUUAAUCCGAAAAAAAUUUCGGUGUGGAUUAUUUCGUUAGAUUUUUACCCUUUCACAUACCACUUUAUUGCACUUGCUUUAUUCGCAAGUAUUGUUGCUCCUUUUGGGGGAUUUUGUGCGUCGGGAUUUAAACGAGCUUUCAAAUUAAAGGAUUUCGGAGACGUGAUUCCAGGACAUGGCGGGAUUAUGGAUCGAUUUGACUGUCAAUUUUUAAUGGCCACUUUUGUAAAUGUCUACAUAUUUACAUUCGUCAAAAGUCCGAGUGUUGAACUGAUUUUUGAGAAAAUAUUGUAUUUAGAUGAAAGCAAACAGCUGCAAUUUUAUUAUCUCUUGAGAGAUUUCCUACAAGCAAGCGAAUUUGAUAAUUCUAUCUGAUUUCUUUAAGUGUGCAGAAUAAAUGUGUUUUUUCUU